AUGGCAUGGUUGCAUAAGGUGUCUUCCUUGUUACUCGUGGCGGGCCUGUGUAUUCAACUGUCGUGGCAAUCGCAAUGCACAGGCUCGACUGUCGACAAGCCGCGGGUUUUGGUACUCAGCGACAUCGACAACGAGCCGGACGAUGCGCAGUCCUUGGUCCGCCUGAUGGUGUACUCCAAUGAACUACGCUUGGAAGGUCUGGUGGCGACGACCAGUAUCUGGCUGAACGAUACGACCCGACCAGACCUCAUGCACGACAUCGUGGAUGCCUUUGAAUUAUCAGUGCCGUAUCUCCGCCACCAUGCAUCGGGAUGGCCCGACGCGAGCGAUAUCCACAGUCUAAUCGCGUCCGGGCUGCCCGUGUACGGUAUGGAUGGCGUUGGCGAGGGGAAGGACAGCAGUGGCUCAACACUGUUGAUCAAUGCGGUCGACAAGUCCGAAGAGCCUCUCUGGGUCCUGGUAUGGGGUGGUGCGUCAGUUCUGGCGCAGGCCUUAUGGCACGUCAAUGCCACCCGAUCGCCCGCGGAUCUCGAUCGCUUCGUGGCCAAAUUGCGUGUGUAUUCCAUUUCCGACCAGGAUAACACGGGGACCUGGAUGCGGCGCAACUGGCCGAACCUGUUCUACAUUGCCAGUGUGCACCACUUCAAUCGCUAUGCCGUGGCUGGAUGGGGCGGCAUUUCGGGUGACAACUACUACCAUUUCCCUAACAAUGCCAAUCAGGAGGUCAUCUCAUCCGAGUGGGUCCAACAGAACAUACAGGCCGUUGGCCCCUUAGGUGCCAAAUAUCCGGAUGCGGACUUCAUCCUCGAGGGCGACACCCCUUCCUUGCUGCACAUUCUCCCGAAUGGCCUGACCGACCCGGAACACCCGGAGUGGGGAUCAUGGGGUGGUCGGUAUGGGCCUGUUACCUUUGGAGAAGGUCAUUUUGCCGACAGUGUUGACACUAUCGUGGACGACUCGGGGCGAACGAUGAUGGGAUCCCAUGUCACCGUCUGGAGAUGGCGCGAGGCGUUCCAGCGAGACUUUGCGGCUCGCAUGAAGUGGACGAUCGCAUCCAGGUUCUCUGAUGCGAACCACGCGCCGGUUGUCGCGAUCGACGGGGACAGGACUCGUCGAGUCGUCCAGAUCCCGGUGGAGCCAGGCCAGGAGGUCGUGCUGGACGCAACAGACUCCUGCGAUCCCGACGGAGACAACCUGACCUUCAAGUGGUGGCAGUACUUGGAGCCUUCUUCCAAUAACAACAAUCCCCGGAGGGAUGUUGCUGAGCUUUCACUGAGUUCGACGAAUGCCCCUCGAAUCACUGUCACAAUCCCCCCGAGCGAGGUGAUACGACGAGAAGGCCGUAACACACACCCGGAAAGCGACAAGCACUUGCACCUCAUUGUACAGGUUUCUGACGGUGACUUGGUGGCCUAUCGUCGAAUCAUCUUCACGGUGCCAGGCUUGGGAGCAGUUCGGGACAAGCAGAAGAGUCACGAUGAACUGUAG